AUGGAUGGAGGCAACCAAAAGUAUCCCGAGGCUAAGGAUCUAACAUAUGGCGAGUUUCCAUUAAAGUUUGUUUGGAAGCAAACAGAGCAUAGAUGGACACCAAGGCAACGAGGGCUUUCUAUUGGUCGAAUUCAUUUUGUGCCGCCUGGAAGCGGUGAGAAAUUUUAUCUAAGGACCCUGCUGAAUUAUGUAAAAGGUCCUGUUUCUUACGAUGAUAUCAAAACAGUUGGAGGAGUUAAAUACAACAGUUUCAAGGAGGCAUGCUUUGCUUUGGGCCUGUUAGACGAUGACAAUGAAUUCAUAAAUGCUAUCAACCAAGUAUCUUUUUGGGGGACUGCCGAAUAUAUGCGUCGUCUAUUUGUCAUGUUGUUAGUAUCAAACCAAUUUUCUCGACCAGAAGUUGUUUGGGAGAAGACUUGGCUGCAUUUGAGUGAUGAUAUGUUGCAUCGUCAAAGAUUGGCAUUGCGUGUGCCAGAUUUAGUAUUGGACGACGAUCAAUUAAAAAGCUAUACGCUUGCAGAGAUCGAGAGAUUGUUGCAGAGUCACGGCAAGAAAAUGAAGGAUGAUUACCCAACUAUGCCUGUGACUGAUGUGUCCCUUAUCCAUGAGUCACGUAAUAGGUUGAUAUAUGACGAGAUGAAUUAUAACCAACAUAUUCUUGAACAAGAGAACGAGCGGUUAAUGUCCACAAUGACAUUUGAACAAAAACAGGUGUAUGACAAAAUAAUGGCGAGGGUUGAUGCCAAACAGCCUGCAAUUUUCUUCCUAUACGGUUACGGCGGUACCGGAAAAACAUUUAUAUGGAGAGCAUUGUCAUCUGCCAUUCGGUCAAGGAAAGAAAUUGUAUUGACAGUUGCGUCCAGCGGUAUCGCAACCCUACUUAUACCUGGAGGAAGAACAGCACAUUCUAGGUUUGGUAUUCCUAUAAUCGUUGAUGAAAUUUCAACUUGCGGCAUACAUCCUAAAAGCCCGUUGGCUGAGUUGAUAUGUAAGGCAAGCCUAAUUAUUUGGGAUGAAGCGCCAAUGAUGCAUAAACACUGUUUUGAAGCACUUGACCGAAGUUUGAGGGAUAUUCUUCGUGUUCAAAAUAAUGGAAGGACGGAUAUCCCGUUCGGUGGCAAAGUUGUCGUGCUAGGUGGUGAUUUCAGACAAGUUCUUCCAGUGAUAGCGAAAGCCAAUAGACAAGAGGUGUGUAACUCAUCAAUAAAUUCUUCACAUUUGUGGCGUUUCUGCGAGGUGUUAACAUUGUCAACCAACAUGCGCCUUUUACAUGGUUCUUCAAAUUCUGAUAUUCAAGAGAGGAAAGAGUUUAGUGAGUGGGUUUUAGGCAUCGGAGAUGGUACUAUUGGAGAAGAGAACGAUGAAAAUAUUCAGAUACAAAUUCCAGAAGACCUACUUAUACAUAGUUCAGGAGAUCAUAUUGCUGCCAUUGUUGAUCACAUUUAUCCAUCGUUGCUAGAUAACAUGUAUGAUCAUUCGUUUUUCCAAAAUAGAGCUAUACUAACUCCAAAAAAUGUCACGGUUGAAGAAAUAAAUGAGUAUGUAAUGUCUCUUAUACCUAGAGAAGAAAAAACCUAUUUGAGUUGCGAUAGUCCCCUUGGUAAAAAUGCAUCAGCUACCAGGCCGGAUGACAUACACACACCUGAGUUUUUGAACACAAUUAAUGCCUCAGGUAUCCCUAACCACAAGAUAAAAUUGAAGGUUGGCGUUCCUGUCAUGCUUCUACGCAAUUUAGACGCUACGGCUGGUCUAUGCAACGGUACUCGAUUAAUAAUAACGAAGAUGGGCAGAUAUGUGCUUGAGGGCAAGGUAAUAACAGGCAGCAACAUUGGAGAUAUAGUUUAUAUACCGAGAUUGUCGUUGAGUCCAUCGGAUACAAGAAUUCCAUUUAAGUUUCAGCGUCGACAGUUCCCUAUAUCGGUUUCAUUUGCAAUGACGAUCAACAAAAGUCAAGGGCAAUCAUUGAAAGAAGUUGGAGUAUACCUUCCUCAACCGGUUUUUUCCCACGGACAACUAUAUGUUGCGGUGUCAAGAGUUACAUCAAGAAAAGGAUUGAAGAUAUUAUGCACAGAUGAAGAUGGCAAUUGUAUGAGCACUACAUCAAAUGUGGUGUAUAAGGAAGUCUUUCGCAAUUUGUAA